GCCUAGUUCACUGGGAAGCUCAGUUUCAGAUGGCACUGAGCUUCUUCUCCUGUUGUGCUUCAAUUGCUCAUCAACAACAUCAAGCAAAACUGAACCUUAGAGGCAACAGAGGCCUUGAAGACGUGAAGAGCCUCAUUAAAACUGUUGGGGUUCCUUCAGUUGCGUCGUCUCCAGUGAAGUCUCUCCAAAAUGGCAACUGGGUCAAACUCAUAUGCGGCGCAAGCUUCGAGGAUGUGGUUGAUAUAAGGAAUCUUUCUUUGGUUUACACUCUUGCUGGAGUGGAUUGCAUAGACUGUGCAGCAGAAGCUUCGGUGGUGAGCGCGGUGAAUGACGGGAUUGAUGCAGCAUUGGAGAUUUUCCCUCUAACAAGGCCUCGGGUGAUGAUCAGUGUAAAUGAUGAUGAGGAUCUUCUCAUCUUCACUUUCGAAAGCCGGUGA